AUGGCCGCCGUCCCGGUCCCGGUCCCGCCGCCGCCUCUUCUAGUCUCCCACGCGGCCGUCCGGGCCGCGGCCUCCGUCGUGUCCCACUCCGGCCGGGUCAGCCUUGCCGGCGACCACCCGCCGCAGGUCGCGGCCCUCCGGCGCGGCGACUGGGUCAAGCUCAUCUGCGGCGCCAGCUUCGAGGAUGCUGCUGAUGUCAGGAAUCUCUCCCUUGUCUACACUCUUGCUGGAGUGGAUUGCAUUGAUUGUGCAGCAGAUGCAUCUGUGGUGGGUGCAGUGAAUGAGGGUAUUGAUGUAGCAGCAUCAAUUGUACCAGAAGUUCAAAGGCCAUGGGUGAUGAUUAGUGUUAAUGAUGAUUGCAGAGAUCUUCAUUUCCGUAAAGCUGAGUUUGAUCCUGAGGAUUGCCCACCGGAUUGCUCAAAGCCAUGUGAGAAAGUUUGCCCGGCUGAUGCAAUAUCACUAGAGCGUUCCGUGGUUGGUGGAGAGCACACUCGAUCUGAUCCUUUACGUGGUAAAUAUGAGGGUGGUGUAAUUACAGAGCGGUGCUAUGGAUGCGGUCGAUGCUUGCCGGUUUGCCCGUAUGACAGAAUAAGAGCUGUGUCCUAUGUUCGGGACCCUACUAUGACUGCUGAGUUAUUGAAAAGUAAUGAUGUUGAUGCAAUAGAGAUACAUACCAUUGGAAAGGGAACUGAUAUGUUCAAUGCCCUCUGGGACAGCUUGAGUGGGUCCAUCAAUAAUGUGAAGCUGGUUGCAGUUAGUCUUCCUGAUAUAGGUGAAUCAACUGUUGAUCUCAUGAACACAAUGUACACAAUAAUGGAGUCCCAUUUUAAAGGGUAUAAUCUUUGGCAGUUAGAUGGCCGACCUAUGAGUGGCGACAUUGGUCGAGGUGCAACAAGGGAGACAGUUUCUUUUGCCGCUCAUGUGGCUUCAAUGUCAGAAAGACCUCCUGGCUUCUAUCAGUUGGCUGGUGGCACCAACGCACACACUAUUGACUGCUUAAAGAAAGCUGGUCUUUUCCAAUCUAUUUCUGUUGCUGGGACCGCAGCUUCUGAAAUGGCCAGUUCUCACCAAGCUUUAAUCGGAGGGAUUGCUUAUGGUGGCUAUGCUCGCAAGAUCGUUGGACGGGCUUUGCGCAAAAUACCAGAACAGUUUGGUCCUGUGCGCAUCGAGGAACACCCAGAUCAUCUACUGGAGGCACUACAAGAAGCCAUGUCAUUAGUAGGAACUGUAAAGGGUUAUAUAUCCAGUCCUUCCAAGCCGUUCAUAAAACAAGUGGACAGACAAUAG